GGGCCACUCAUCCACAUAAGCCCACACAAACACAUACAUUGUACAAGACAAUAUGAAGGGGUUAGCCAUUUGUGCCUUGGUAGUACUAGCCAUGGCUCACCUGAUGGUCGAGCCGGCCCAGGCCAUGACCUGUGGCGACGUGGCCUUGUGUCUGGGCCAGUGCAUGACCUACUUAACUGGGUCGGACCCAAAGCCGCUCCCCGCAUGCUGCGACGGUGUUAAACAGCUAAGAGACAUGGCGGACACAACCGUAGACAAGCGGUUCGCAUGCAAUUGCAUUAAGCAAGUCGCCUCUCGCUUCCACAACUUGAAGGAUAAUGCGGUUAGCGCUCUCCCUAGUGAAUGUGGCGUGACGCUCCCCUACCCUAUCUCUGCCAACUUCCCAUGCAACUCGAUCCCUUGAUUUGGAGUUUUUUUUUUUUUUUUGCUUUCCUUUUUCUUUGGAGGAAAUAAGAGAGGAGCAUGGAAGUGGUGCAACCUUAGCUAUGAAUCCCUACGCUACAGUCUAUGGGAGGACAGAAAAAAAAAACAAGAGGAAGAUGAGCAAAAGCCCCAUAGGGUUGUAAAAAACUAUUUGAGCUACUUGUUAUGGUGAAUGCACAUCCAAUCUUGCAUAAAUUGCUACUAUAAAAUAAUUAGGUAGCAGGAUCGAAGAGCUUUUAAAAUCAAUAAAAAUUUGAUAUUUGGAAC